ACAAAUAAAGUUUUUUUGUAGUGACGUCAUUUUCCGCAGAGACAGCUGAUGUCUUCCGCUCCUUCUCCGAACUGCUCUUGAAUACAUGUUGACGUACAUACUGUUAGACCUGGUUUUAGCUCGAUAAAGGUAGACAGUAUGUUGCACAGAGAAAGAAUACCGCUCCUAUGGCUUUUUAUGCACGCUGCGCUCGUCGUGGCGUGGUGUUUCACUGAUAUGGAAACGGGGCCUGGCGCAGGUGUAUCGACACAGCCGAACGGAGAUCGGUUCAAAAUCGAGGGAAGAGCAAUUGUUCCGGGGAUUAAAACACAAGACUGGGUCUCUUCGGCAAGAGUCCUGGUGGAAGGUGAAGAAUACGUGGGAUUCUUGAGAACUGAUGGGAGUUUUGCUGUGAAUGACGUCCCCUCAGGAUCCUAUGUUGUGGAAAUUGUCAGUCCUAAUUACAGAUUUGAACCAGUGCGUGUAGAUAUCACAUCAAAAGGCAAAAUGAGGGCCCGUCUUGUGAACUACAUCAAGACUUCAGAGGUUAUUCGUCAACCAUAUCCACUUCAAAUCAGGGCGAAUGGCCCUCAGAGCUACUUCAUGAAGAGAGAAACCUGGGGCUGGACCGACUUCCUCAUGAACCCAAUGGUUAUGAUGAUGGUUCUGCCCCUGCUGAUCAUUGUUCUGCUCCCCAAGGUGGUCAACACCAAUGACCCGGAGAUGAGAAAGGAGAUAGAGCAGUCCAUGAACAUGCUGAGUCCCAACCCUGAGCUUCCAGACGUCUCUGAGCUCGUGACCAAGUUCUUCUCGGGCUCCAAGGGCUCCAGCAAGGCAGGCGGCGGCAGCAAGGGCACCAGGCCAGCUGUCAAGAGGAGGUAGUACUGUACCUCCACUCAGUCUGCCUAAUGAAGCUUGAGUUACACCAUGGAAGCAAGGUUUUUAAGUGUCUUUUUUUUUUUUUCAUCUGGGUCUAUUGUACAGUUUUCUUUAUUGAUAGAUGUUUUGAGCACAUCUUGAUUUCUAAUAUGCUAAUAUAAACUGAGAAAAAAAACAAGAUUAUUUUUUUUUCAUACUGCACUGAUAUAAAUUUCCUAAUCCCUGCGGUAGCUGUUAUCCUUAAUUUGCUCUACACUUUGUACAUCACGCUCUAUUAGUCAUCAAACUUUUCUGUGCUAACCCUCCAGUGAGCAUUUUUCCGCUGCUGCUAAUUCCACUACCUGAAAGAGAACAUAUAUACAGAGAUUUUCUUGUUUUUUCAAUGUCAGUGAUACGACUGUGAAUGAAAAUGAAUUGAAUUUUAAGACUGAUAAAUUCUUAUUUAAAAGCCUAGAUAAAUAAAUUGCAAUGGUAUAUGGUAUAUAACGGCUGUGUUUUUAUUUCAGACCAUGUUGUUUGAGAGUGGACACCUCGAUUAUGAACCUUCUCAUCUUUUGAAUUAUUGUGUGCCGUACUGUAUGGCCAGAAUUCACACACUAUGAUGUGAUGUGCCUGAGGUGUAAUGAAUUAAAAUGAGAGUUGCUGUUAGUUCAAAGGAUGAGCAAGUUGUGUGGUUGCUCUCAAGAUCAUCAGAGUGUAACUGGCUACAUUUAAUAAAUCGGACAGUAAAGUCCAUAUUAAAGUCAUAA